AGCAGGUAGAGUGACAAUGAGAUCCCAGGGGAGCGACAGAGAGUCCGGGAGAUAAACUUUUGAGACGGUGUCAUAACUGUACACUCUGCCUCAGGACCCUAACGACGUGCAGUGGGGACUACAUGGAGACUGGACUACUAUUCUUUCACACGUUUCGGGGUGUUUUUUCCCCGUUUACUUGUUUGUAAUUUUAAUGAGCGAUUCAUUUUCCCCUGCGUGCUCUCAGGAGGGUCGGUUCUAAUUUCUCAAUGUGCUGCGGAGGCUCUCUGAAGUCGGUGGUGGGGGGGAAGUCUGCCUCUUUUUCGUUUAAUUAAGGAGCGACUGUAGAACGUCAGUUAAUGGCAGGUUUACAGAAGCCGCUUCGGCGUCUGAGCCAGUUUAGUUACAAAGUUAGAAGCUCAGCAAGAAAACUGUCCGCUUGUUCCGGUUAAUAAUUAGAUAGAACCGAGAACACAACCGAGCAGCUUCUUCGAGGAUUACUUUUUCACAAUUCUCCGGCUGUAAAACACAUUGCACAACUUUUCGGCUUCGGGUUUUAUCCGCCAGCAUGGCUCCUAACUCUCCGGCGGCAACCUGUAUCCCAGCCUUUGAAGUUCAAGCCGUGACUCUCGAGCGUUUUCGGUGGAUUUAUCCAGAAAAUGCGGCGCCUACGGGACGGGCUCGCUUCUUCUGACACUUUUACCCAGCUCGUGUUUGCUCACACAAUGUGACUGAAAGACGCGGCGGAAUUACGUCUUACUGCAAUAUAAAGCACAAGUCGGAUACAUGACCGGGAUUUGAGCCAGUGGAGAGGGAUAACUACGCCAGUUCAUCUCUGAGGAAAACAACCUGCGAGCGAGGAGAUCUGAAUUUUUGGUGUGAUGCAGAGCGGCGUUUUUGGAAAUCAGUGCACGCUUCAGGUUCCUUCAUGCUGCAUUGGAGUUUCCACCUCUCACUUUAAUAAACACUGGAUGCAGGUUCAUUUAGGCCUGCAUACAUCGGUUUUAGAUUCUCUACCAUAACCUGCAGUGUUUUAUAUAUGUAUAUAUAUUUUAACCCAGAUGCUGAAUGGAAGUUUAAGGAGUUCUAAUGGAAGCCCCUCAUUAUUAACAGUUUGGAUUAUAGCUCAUUUCUUCAGCAGGUAGUUUACUGAGGUAGAAAAAAAAUUAAAGAAGAAGUGGGACCUGUUCACAUAGGCUAGGUUGAUAUUUCUGACAAAGUCCACCAUGUGCGGCCGGGCACCGCCGCUCCAGCCGAGGCCAUGACCGUCCCUCUGCGGCGCCUCGCCGGGCUCUGGCCGUGGCUGCUCAUGGCGGCCCUGCAGGUGGUGCUGGGCCAGCCGAGCAUGGAAUCGGGACUCCGAGCGGUCAUCAACGUGACUCUGGCGAAGGAUCCCACGGGGAAGCCCAUCGUUCUGAAAGGGGAGUUCGUGGGAGGAAGUGCAGGCAAUGCGCAAGGGAAGCUGAAGCAGUAUCACCCUGUGUCUCUGUGCAACACAAGCGAGGAUGAACGACAAGACAGCGGCUUCAUCACCAUCGUCAAGCUGGAGCAAUUAGGUCCCCACUGCUCGCCGCUGCUGGAUAAGGCUCGCAUAGCGCUGGAAAGGGGAGCCCAAGCUGUUAUCUUUGACGUCAGCGACGUUGCCAUCGCAGAUGCUGAGCUGAAGAACACAGACUCCCUCCCCCGUCCAGUGGUGCUGAUCAAGGGAGCGGAUGCUAAGAAGCUGAUGAAUCUGGUCAACCACAAUGAGGAGGCCACAGUUGUUAUUGAGGCCAAGGUGGAGCCCAAAUGGCCGCAUUAUGAUGUGAGCAUCCUGCUUACCAUCGUCCUGGUUAUCCUCACCAUCGUUCUGAUCUUUGCUUUCCGCUACAAGUGCAAGACCAACAGAACUUGGGACUCCGUUCAUCAGCAGACAGUGCGGGCCAUCAGUCGGCUGGAGACCAGAAUCUACCGCUCCCAGAGCUGCUCCGGCUCACAGCGCCACCGUGGGGCCUGGGGCUCGGCCAGCAGCUCUAACUCCAGCCCCGUCUGCGCCAUCUGCCUGGAGGAGUUUCAAGACGGCCAGAAUCUGAGGAUCAUCUCUUGUGCUCAUGAGUUCCACAGAGACUGUGUGGAUCCCUGGCUGAUGCAGCACCGGACCUGUCCUCUCUGCAUGCACAACAUCAUGGGAACGGAGCGUCAGCCUCAGAGAAACAGAAACCAGCAGAGUUCAGAGCAGAGCCAGAGCUUCUUGCACCCGCAGCAGUACAGCAACGCUCACAGCCACCCGUUCCCCCAGCACGCCAUCCCCUUCUCCAUGAGGCCUCACUACCCCAGCGGUCCCUCUGGACCCUACCCCAACCUGGGCCACUACAGCGGCUCGUCUCCUAUGGACGCUCAGACCCUCCACUUCCUCAGCAGUCGGCAGCUGGGCGCCAGCUGCGGGUUCCACCUCCCAAUGGACGUUCCGGGGCGACCCCACAGGCUCGGAACCGGCUGUCGGACCUCAGCCCAUCACUAUGCGUCGCGCCGCUCCUGCCACACUUACCGCUCCUCCUGUCAGGCCCUGCGGAACGCGUCCGGGUCCAGGCUGCAGCACGGUGCCUCGGUGGCCGUGCAGAGCCGUGGCGUGGCGGGCAACGGCCGGCAGGACGAUGGGAGUUGCUCUGGAGGCAGCUACCACACGGAGCGCAGCGGGUACCUGGCGGACGGGCCGGCCAGUGACUCCAGCUCGGGGCCUUGGCACGGCUCCUCCAGUGACUCUGUCCUCAACUGCACGGACGUGUCCCUCCAAGGCGUUUAUGGCAGCUGGUCCACCUUCCGCAGCUCUCUGAGCAGCGAUUACGAUCCGUUCGGGUACUUCGGGGCGGCGCCGGCGGCCGGAGUGGGGAGUGGGCAUGCCCCACGCAGGAACAGUCUGGAGGCCGCGGCCCAGAACCGGCCUAAGUCUCUGGAUUCUGUUGUGAACAAAGCAGGCUGCCUGGAGGAGCAGCCGCAGACUGUUUUCAGCCACAUCCACUACCACCGCCACAGACAUCACCACUAUGAGGAGGGGGAGCACGGCCAGGGGCCAAGCAGGGGCUCAGAUGAGGAGCAAGGGGCCUCCGCUCCGGGUCAGGACAAAGACUCCCCGGCGAGCCCCCCAAAACACAGCCCCUGCCACUGCCCCAAGCCAGAGCUCACCGACCGACCCAGCCCGGGGACGGAGCGGCAAGACCUCGACCAAACGGGACCACCGGUCAUUGUUCCCCCGAUCCCCGUGCAGCUGCAGCCCCACUGCUGCCAUCAGGGCCACGGACACCCCCCCGCUCCUCUAGUGGGGGGCUGUCUACUUGACGGACCCUCUCUUCACUUUCACCAGAGCCUGGACCUGCAGGACGACCGCAGCAUCCACAUCCACUACGGCCAGAGCCCGGCCUACUGCUGCCCGCCGCCCGAGCUGCACCCGGCCCUGCUCCCCGUGCCCCUCAUCUUGGACUCGGCGGGGAUAGAGGAGUGGCCGUGCUGUGGAGGGGCUCACGUUGUGUGGCAAAGACAGGUGCAGCAAGCUCACUCAGAGCCUCAGCUUAUGGGGCCCGGGACCUCAAUGGACAGGCCCCCCUGCAGGUUCCACCAGGGGCUCUCUGCUGAGCGCAACACAGACAUUUGUUUAUACUGCCAAUCGAUACACCAUAAUCAGGGAUCAGAAGAGGAGUCUGGGGUGUAAGAAAUUGUCUCGUCCCUAUCGCUGCCCAGGAGCCAGAACGGAAAAAGUUCUUACAAAAUCCCACCAGUAACGCCUUCACUCACGCAAAAGUCCCAGCUGCCUUAGGAGGACUCUCAUCCUCAAAGAGUGAAAUUAUCUUCAUUUUGUAAAAAAAAAAAAAAAAAAAAAAAAACUAGAAUAUUUGAUGUAAUAUAUAUACUUUAUGAUUUGAAUGUGUGAAGAUAGGAUAGGGUGUUGCAGGGGAAACAACUCUCCUGGUCAGACGCAGGAGGAUUGUUCACAUGGUCGCAGUUUCCCAAGCUCCUCGGCAACCGCCACCCAACCGAUCGUCCUGCUUUGGGCGUCGAGCCCGCAUGAAGUGAGACUUCGUCUCUGCAUCACUUGCUCUUUUUUAAUACAAAGUAACUUGAUUUCUCGUAGAGGUACUUCCCUUUCUCUGCCUUCCUUCGUUGAGUCUGCUCUCAGCUGAGAAAUGCUUUUCUCUCCAGCCUACCUCAGCUCAGAUUUUCUUAUCACGCCUCACACAAAGAGAGAGGGGGGGGGGGGACAGAAGGGAGGUCUUUAAAGGUACUGCUGUAGUGUUUUGUUUUAUAUUUCUAUGUAUCUUCCACAAACUCAACAGGUAGUAGUUCCCUCUCUUGGCAGUCUGGAUUGUUCAAACGGAGAGAGAACGUUUUUUGAUGCUCAGCCCCCCUACAAACGACGAGUGUCCUCUGAGGUCGCUCAGCCUCGUUUUCAUUAUUUCAGUAAUGGCAGCUGUUUCUUUUUUCUUUUUGUCCUUCUCUGUUUUUGAUGUUGUUUGCAAGGUUUUUAGUUCUUCAAAACCAGCCGGUUUGACUGAAUUCUGUGAUGGUCAUUACAAGCUAUUGUCAUGUUCUCUUUUUUUUUUUUUUUUGUCAUUUCUCUUCAUCAGAAGGAUGGCGAUCACAUCUUCGGUUUUAUUUUUAUCUUUUUUAACUCACCUUGACGUUAUGCUGUUUGCUGCAGAGGUUAUGCUUCCCCCUCGUCUUCCGCAACCUCUGAAACAAAUCGUAAUUGCCUUGUAGUGCAGUUGGUGUAAAAUCAUGUAAUAGUACCUUGCAAAAUGUUCAGCUGGUUGAAUCUGUUCACUUUUCUCAAACUUCAGUGGAUUUUACUGGGUGUUUUUUGUGUUAGAUCAACAAAAAAAGCAGUGGAGGGGGGGGGCACAUGUUCGGCCUUGUUCACUCUUAACUGCGUUUCCAUUGACCAUAUAAUGGCGAAAUUUGGCAUUUAGAAGAUAAAUUUGCUUAAUGGAAACACGGCAAUUUUGGAAAAAUAUUUUGCUGCUAGGAAGAGGCGGUUUUUGGCCGUAUCGAAAUUGGAAACACAGUUUUCACAUCACAUGAUCAAUAACCGGAUAGCAAUUGUUGUGGAAAGAAACUAUUUUACCAAGCACUGUCAGGUGAAAUCACUCGAUCAGGUUUAUUCAUAUAAUGUGCACAAGACAGAGAGCUGGUGGGACAAUCAAUAACGAAGCAGGUCUGGGUGAAAAGCUCUGCCAGGCAGAGACAACACUUGAGUUUUAUACCAAGGAUAAGGAAUUCAAAACAAGGGGUGGGACAGUCUGGUUCUGAUGCAGCUGUAGAAAACAACUUCCAACCUUCUACAUGCAACCCACAUAGUUCUUUUGGUGAGAGUUCGCAAGCAUUUCAUAUACGGUAACGUGAUCAGCAGAUGUUAACAUGUAGUAAUUUUGCACCACGUUUUCCCUCCUUUUGAUUAUGAGUUAAAAUGUAAUAUUUACUAUUAAUCACAUGUCAAAUUUUAUUCCAUCCCACUGAUUAUAUAAAAGGAAAUUUCAACAAUUUGUAUGGUGAAAAGUGAAAAGUUAUCCCAUACAUUUGAAGACAUUACAUAUUCAUUCAGUCAUUGAAACAUUAUCCUGCACGAUGAAACAAAAACAUAAACGCAAGAUGCGAAAAACCUAGUUAUCCGGUUAUUGAUUGGAUAAUGCAAACACACGAAGAAGACGACGAGAGGAGUUAACAGAGGAGGAUGCGGCAUGUUGCUCAUCGCGUGAGCAGAAUUAUUCAUGUGAUUUUAGUUCCCUUAAUUAAUUAAUAGAAACACAGCAAUCACAAACUUAGAUUUUUUAGACAUUAGCAGAAUAUGGACAAAUUUGCAUUUGUAAUGGAAACGCAGAAAUCUAGUUACAAUAACUGGCUUCCAAAGUCAGCUAAUAAAAUUCUGAUUCAAAAAUCAUAAAUGAUCCAUUGAGGUGUUCAUGGAUGAGUGGCAAGAAGAAGUGCCAUGAGAAGUCCUGCCAUUUAGGGGACAAAUAUGUGAACGAAAACGCACAGAUAAGGUGAAAAUUGAAACACAGUGGCGGCGGCGUCAUGCUGUGGCGGCAUUUGUAUUCAGCAGGAUCUGGGAAGCUGUUCAGCAUUUGUGGGAAGACGGAGCAAACAGGACGAGGCUGGAUUAAAGUUUAACUGCUGACAACAUUAAACACACAGUCAGACCUACAGUGGGUUAGCACUCCAGCUUUUAAAUCCUGUUCAGAAUAUGCAGCAAGACGUGAAAAAUCCCUGUGGAUGAUCUCUGUCCAGUCUGACUGAGAGACUUAUCAUCCACAAAAUAUUUCUGAAAGAAAAUGAGGCAAAAUUUCAAACUUCAGUUGACUAAAUGUGACUGACAUAUACAAUAAAAGACUCAAAGCUGUUGACUUAGAGCCUAAAAUGCAUCUUUGUUUGUAAAAAGGAAAAAAAACAUUCUUCUACUUUGCAAUAAUUUGCUACUUUGUGUUGGUCGAUCACGCAGAAAGCCACUGAAAUCCACUGAAGUUUGCUGUAAUGUGGGGGAUGGAUACUUUUGCACGGUCCUGUACUUGUAUCAGGUCAUCUGAUUCUGUGCUGUGGCACCACUUCAAUUAGAGCUUGAUAACAGUACAGAAGAAAACACUUGGCAUUGGGGGAGACAAUCCACCUUGAACUCAGCAACACUUUCAAUUCAAGAAAUUUUAACUGUCAACAUGUUUUGUUUUUUUUCUUUAAGUGUAAAAAUGCUUUAGACAAUUGCGAUUGAGAUAGUUGUUACCACUUAUUCCGAUUUAUCCGUUGACCAGUAGAGGGGGGGAAAAAAAGUGCAUUGCUAAAAUACUAAACCGUGCAGGAGAAAGUCAGUCUCCGUUCAACAUUUGAGUCUGGACUUUCUACUGAACUCCAGCGGAAAUAAGCUGAGAUCACACCGAUAAUAAUCACAUCCUCUGAAAGGCUCAGUGAGUAUGUGAAGGGAUUUAUUUUUACUUUUAUUUAUUUAUUUUUUGUAACUUUUGGGCAGACCAGCUGCGGCUGAAUAAGGGCUUGUGGAAACUGCAACGCAACCGGUAGCACUUACGAAACCCUCACAUGUGCCUUAUUGAUUCAGACUAAAAUCAGGAAGCUCCCGACGACGACGACGACAGCUCUUACCUGCCUAACCAAAGAGGCAAAAAAAAAAAAAAAGAUCUUGAACCCUGCUGUUAUACGUAGUGCCUUCUCGUUUUCUCGCCCUUUCUUUGAAUUUCUUCAUGCGCCCGACGAGAGAGCACAUGUUCAUAUAGACGCGGUAAUAAUUUUGGGCAAUCAUGCAGAAUCUAUCACCUGUAGUCCUUACAAAUACCUCACUUUGAAUGUGCCUUUAGCUAAUGUAUGGAGGGGGUGACUUUUGCUUUUUUUUUUUUUUUUUUUUUUUUUUUGUUCCCAAACAGUCCCAGGGACUGACAUGGAAAUGACUGAAUUAUAAUAAGCACUUUGGCCUUAAGAUUUUAUACCGAAAUGAGUUUAAAUUCCUAGUAUUAGUGCAAGCCAGCCCACAACCAUCAGCAUGUGAAGAGUAGCAUUUACCACAGAACAUCUGGCACAAUUUCAUCCUUGUUCAAGAUCUUUCUCUUUGUGUUGUUUAUGUGUUUUUGUUUUGUUUUGUUUUUUGUUUUUUUGCAAGAAUUAUGAGCUGAAACUGCCUUUUGUAAUAGAGUCAAGAGAAAAAAAAAAGAAAGAAAGAAAAAGCGGUCCCUCUAGAACGUUAAGGGACAAUGUCAGUAUAUUUUGGAUACUUUGUGUACAAAAGAGAACAACAAAACCCAGAGACAAAAUAGUGUUGUAUUUUAUAUAUAUAACAGAACAUUUCAAUAUAGUGACAUGUCACUAAUAUAUUUAUUUACUAAUAUAUUUAUCCAUUUUUGUCCAGGUUUGAAAAGAUUUCUGUAAAGAGUGAAUGUUUCUGUACAGAAACUGACCGGUGCCAUCGCAAAUAUAUCAACCUGUCCUCAUUCCAAUUAUAUGCAAAUAAAUUAUUUUGAAAUACAAAA